CCCCCCACGUGAAGUUCGGUUUCCAAACUGUUCCCUGGAGCUAUAAGUGGAUUGGCAGUAGUGAGCGAUUAGGCGGUGGGAGAAGCACGGUGCCCUGUGCUGUGCCCUUUUCCUGCUGCUGCCGCCGCCGCCAACAUGAAGUGCUUUUUCCCAGUGUUGAGCUGUCUGGCUGUGCUGGGUGUGGUGUCAGCGCAGAGGCAGGUCACCGUCCAGGAAGGACCCUUGUACCGCACAGAGGGCUCCCACAUUAACAUCUGGUGCAACGUGAGCGGCUACCAGGGUCCCUCUGAGCAGAACUUCCAGUGGUCCAUUUACCUGCCCUCUGCCCCCGAGCGGGAGGUUCAGAUUGUGAGCACGGUGGACUCCUCCUUCCCUUACGCCAUCUACACUCAACGGGUUCGAGGGGGGAAGAUCUACGUGGAGCGGAUCCAGGGGAACUCGGCCUUACUCCACAUCACAGACCUGCAAGCCCGGGAUGCUGGGGAGUACGAAUGCCACACCCCCAACACCGAUGAACGCUACUUUGGGAGUUACAGCGCCAAGAUGGACCUAGUGGUGAUCCCAGAUUCCCUCCAGGCCACAGCUGUGCCGCAGACUCUACACAAAGUGGAACAGGACCCACUGGAGCUCAGUUGCGAAGUGGCCACUGAGACGGUCCAACAUAGCCACCUCUCUGUGUCCUGGCUGCGGCAGAAGGGUGGGGAGAAGCCCGUGGAAGUCAUCUCCCUGAGCCGAGACUUCAUCCUGCACUCCAGCAGCGAAUAUGCCCAGAGGCAGAGCCUGGGGGAGGUGCGGCUGGACAAGCUGGGAAGGACCACCUUCCGCCUCACCAUCUUCCACCUGCAGCCUUCCGACCAGGGCGAGUUCUACUGCGAGGCUGCCGAGUGGAUCCAGGAUCCAGAUGGCUCUUGGUACGCCAUGACCAGGAAGCGCUCCGAGGGUGCUGUGGUCAACGUCCAGCCCACCGACAAAGAGUUCACCGUGCGGCUGGAAACAGAUAAGAGGCUGCACACGGUGGGCGAGCCGGUGGAGUUCAGAUGCAUCCUAGAGGCUCAGAACAUUCCCGACCGGUACUUUGCUGUCUCCUGGGCCUUCAACAGCUCACUCAUCGCCACCAUGGGGCCUAAUGCUGUGCCGGUCCUCAACAGUGAAUUUGCUCACCGUGAAGCCAAGGGGCAGCUUAAGGUGGCCAAAGAAAGCGAUGGCGUCUUUGCGUUGAAGAUAUACCACCUCCGCCAGGAGGACAGUGGCAAGUACAACUGCCGGGUGACGGAGCGAGAGAAGACUGUCACUGGCGAGUUCAUCGACAAGGAGAGCAAGCGUCCCAAGAACAUCCCCAUCGUUGUCCUUCCCCUCACAGAUAACUGGGUAGUUAAAGUUCCCCAGCAGCACCAGAUCCUGCCCCAAGGCCACUUGGAAAGCAGCAUCUCCCUGGAGGUGGCCAGCAAUGCCAGCGUCGUCCUCGAGGGCGAGGACCUGCACUUCUCCUGUAGUGUCCGAACGGUGGGCAGGUUGCAGGGCCGCUUCUCUGUCAUCUGGCAGCUCGUGGACAGGCAGAACCGUCGCAGCAACGUCAUGUGGCUAGACCGGGAUGGCACGGUGCAGCCGGGCUCAUCCUACUGGGAGCGCAGCAGCUUCGGGGGCAUCCAGAUGGAGCAGGUGCAGCCCAACUCCUUCAGCCUGGGCAUCUUCAACAGCAGGAAGGAAGACGAGGGCCAGUACGAGUGCCACGUGACGGAGUGGGUCCGGGCUGUGGAUGGAGAGUGGCAGAUCGUGGGAGAGCGCCGUGCCAGUACCCUUGUCUCCAUCACAGCUCUUGAAACGGGCUUUGCAGUUACAGCCAUCUCGCGGACACCAGGGGUGACCUACAGCGACUCUUUUGAUUUGCAGUGCAUCAUCAAACCCCACUACCCAGCCCGAGUCCCCGUGUCGGUCACGUGGAGGUUCCAGCCGGUGGGCACAGUUGAGUUCCACGAUCUGGUGACCUUCACACGGGACGGAGGGGUUCAGUGGGGGGAAAGGUCAUCCACCUUCCGAACUCGGACUGCCAUUGAGAAGGCCGAGUCCAGCAACAACGUCCGCCUGAGCAUCAGCCGGGCCAGUGACACCGAGGCAGGCAAGUACCAGUGUGUGGCAGAGCUGUGGCGGAGAAACUACAACAACACCUGGACAAGGCUGGCAGAGAGGACCUCCAACCUGCUGGAGAUUCGGGUGCUGCAGCCAGUGACAAAGCUGCAGGUGAGCAAGUCAAAGAGAACCCUCACGCUGGUGGAAAACCGGCCAAUUCAGCUCAACUGCUCCGUCAAGUCUCAGACCAGCUCGAACUCGCACUUUGCGGUGCUGUGGUACGUGCACAAGCCCUCGGAUGCGGACGGGAAGCUCAUUCUGAAAACCACGCACAGCUCAGCCUUCGAAUACGGCACCUAUGCCGAGGAGGAGGGCCUGCGGGGCCGGCUGCAGUUCGAGAGGCAUGUGUCAGGGGGCCUGUUCAGCCUCACCGUGCAGCGAGCUGAGGUCAGCGACAGUGGCAGCUACUACUGCCACGUGGAGGAGUGGCUGCUGAGUCCCAAUUACGCCUGGUACAAGCUGGCCGAGGAGGUUUCUGGGCGCACAGAGGUCACCGUGAAACAGCCAGACAGCCGCCUGAAGCUCAGUCAAGCCCAGGGCAACCUGUCCAUCCUGGAGACCCGGCAGAUCCAGCUGGAGUGCGUGGUCCUGAACCGAACCAGCAUGGCUUCUCAGCUCAUGGUGGAGUGGUUCGUGUGGAAGCCCAACCACCCAGAGCGGGAGGUAGUGGCCCACCUGAGUAGAGAUGCCACCUUCCACUAUGGCGAACAGGCUGCCAAAAACAACCUGAAGGGGCGGCUGCACGUGGAGAGCCCGUCUUCCGGUGUGUACAGGCUCUUCAUCCAGAACGUGGCAGUGCAGGACAGCGGGACCUACAGCUGCCGUGUGGAGGAGUGGCUGCCCAGCCCCAGCGGCGUGUGGUAUAAACGGGCUGAGGACACAGCUGGGCAGACCGCCGUCACAGUCAUGCGACCUGACGCUGCCCUCCAGGUGGACACAGUGGUCCCCAAUGCUACUGUGUCUGAGAAGGCAGCUUUCCAACUGGACUGCAGCAUCCUGUCUCGAUCAAGCCAGGACUCCCGCUUUGCUGUGGCCUGGUAUUCCCUGAGGACUAAAGGUGGAAGGAAAAGAGGCAGCCUUGGCAGUGAAGAACAGGAGGAGGAGGAGAUGUCAGAAGAGGAGGACGGUGAGGAUCCAACCGAGAGGACAGUCCUGCUAAGCGUGGGACCUGACGCUGUCUUUGGUCCUGAAGGCAGCCCUUGGGAGGGCAGGCUGCGCUUCCAGAGACUCUCACCCUUGCUCUACCGGCUCACAGUGCUUGAGGCGAGCCCCCACGACACAGGCAACUACUCCUGCCAUGUGGAAGAGUGGCUGCCAAGCCCCCAGAAGGAAUGGUACCGGCUAACAGAAGAGGAGUCUGCCCCCAUCGGCAUCCGGGUUCUGGACACAAGUUCCACCCUGCAGUCGCUCAUCUGCUCCAACGAUGCCCUGUUCUACUUCGUCUUCUUUUACCCCUUUCCCAUCUUUGGCAUCCUCAUCAUCACCAUUCUGCUAGUGCGCUUCAAAAGCCGGAACUCCAGCAAGAACUCGGAGGGGAAGAAUGGGGUGCCUCUGUUGUGGAUCAAGGAACCUCACCUCAACUACUCUCCGACUUGCCUGGAGCCCCCUGUGCUCAGCAUCCACCCGGGAGCCAUAGACUAAGGAGGUUGGCCCCCAGCAGACGUUGCCCGUGGCAGGGUCGGGUCAGGGGUGCCCCCCGUGGGCUUUUCCUUGUUGCUUCGUGCUGUGCGAUUGGACAGGCGAUAGCACCCGAACUCUGCAGUUUCUCUGCAGGAACCAGUCAGACCUGGAACGUGUUGGAAGCUCCCAGUCAUGGAGGCUACUGCCUCAGGCAGCAGGCCUGGUUAAACCAUUCGCAUCCAGGUGUCGUGAUCCCAACGUCCUGGGUUUCUAGUUUUUGGUUUGGUAACGUAGUAGUGCGUAGCUCCAGGUGCUGCAUCUACUCGCCAAUCUAUCUUGUGUUCUCAGAUCGGUGCUACGGGGUUUCCUGUUCCAUGUAACGUACUCUUUUAAGCCCCUUUGGUCCUUUCCGUUUGGAUCCCAUAAUGUUGUAGAGUUGUUUCUCUCACAACUGAUAAGCAAGAGCAAGACGGCUUCAUAGUAGCAAGGAAUCUCUUCCAAGACAUUUUUUGUUUUUUGCACAUUUGAAAAUGCCACCCGUGGAUCAAAAUACACCCAAACAUUUUUUUUUUUUUAACUUUUCUUAGCAAGACUUGAAAAAUAUGUGUAACGUGGGCCCAAUUUGUAUCUUAUCGUUUCCCUCAGCCGGAGUUGUUGGAACCACUUUAUAGUCAAGAUGAAAGCAUUGAAUUUCACUUCAAAGGAACUGCACAUGUGCAAAGGAAACCCAGCAGAACCCCAUUAGUAGAUGGUGUCCAGCCAGCCCAUCCGCCAGGGAGAUGGAAAAGGCUUCAAUCCCAUCCUUGCCAAAAACAAAACAAAACAAAACAA